AUGAGUAGAAAAAGAAGAAAAAGCUACAAGGGCAGAAAGAGCUUUGAUUCCAGAGAAUAUGAACAAUUGUCACCUAUUUGUAAAUGCCAGCAAAAUGUAGGAAGCCUUGAAAAUAAAGCAGAUGAGGCUCUGGCUCACUUGACUGAGCCAGUGGAUGUAAAGGGUACUGAAGAAGAUGGAAAAAAUCAUGAAAACCAGAAUCAGAGUAGCUUAGAUGCAUCUGAAGAUAGAGACCUUGAUAACAUAUCAGACAGCGAAAAAGAAGGAAAGAAGGAAAAGAACUUCCCUCCUCAGAUGUUCUCUCCUCAGCAAGAUGAAAUCCUAGCUACAGUAACUUUCGGUGAAUCAGAAGGCUCAUCCACAGGAAAAAUUACACUGUGGGGCAAGCCAGACUCUGCAGAGUCCAUUAGCUUGGCUACUGGAAAAAUUACUGCAGAAGUAAAAUAUGGUUCUUUUAACGUGAAAGUAGAAAUUAAGAACGUUUUGCUGUUUGAUUCCGGAACAAACGUUGUAGCUGAAAAAAGGAAAAGUUCAAAGAACAAUAAACGUUUUCAUGAAAGGCAAUACCAGAAAAGCCAGUGUUCAAAAUGUUCAAAGUACCAGUGUCCUUCAACUGACCAUUCAGCAGAACAUAAUGGGAAAUAUAAGGGAUCCUCUAAACAUAAAAUUCAAACUGCCAUCAACAAAAAUGCCUCCCUGAAAAUGAACAUUGAAGCAAAGGAAAUUAAAGUAGAAUAUACCAGCAGAAAGAAAAAUCUAAAGAUUAACAUCAAACCUGGUGAAGAGGCACAGAGCAAAACCUGCAACAGGGAACAUGAAGAUACGUAUUGGAGUGAAACAGGUUAUUCUGUAACAGGGGCACCUUGCAAUACAGAUUUAUUGCCCAAGGAGACCAAAGCAGAUGUCUAUAACAGGAACUCACAUGUUCAUACAAGCUAUACAGAACUUUGUAAGUGUUCUGACUUGACCUCCUCACUGAGAAGUUUGAGAGGUCUUAAGUCUUCAUAUCAGUAUGCUUUCACAUCAUUCGAUCAUAAUAUUACCAUUUAUCCAUCUGAGCCUGAAGAAAAUCUAGAUGACACUUGUUUACUGAAUGACUAUGCAGACUAUGUGGGGCAAAGUGAAGAAACAGAAGAAACAUUAAUGGAGAGUCUUCAUUCCAAUGGUACUAUUAAUGAGAAAAAAGAAAAUGGGCAUGAGGAGCCUCUGAGAAACAUAGCCAUAUGGGAGGAAGACUCUGAGUCUACCAAAGGUGCUUUAGGUGAAAGGACACCAGAGUACAACCAUCCAGAAAAGCAUGUUGAAUUACAGAACCCUACACGUCCUAGAAGCCCUUCAGGUGAACUUAUUAAUGACAAGGAAAGUACUAAUUAUGCAUCUACAGAAAGCGCUCCAAAACAACUUUCACCUUUACAGCAAAAUGUUCACCUAACCCCUGCAGAGCCUGAGGUAAUAAAGAAAAGGAGAGGGUCAGUAAUGACUGUGAUAACUGGAGAACUAGAACGAAGACUCAUCCAAGGUGACACUAAGUUGAUGCCUGAUUCUUUCAGCUCUGGGGUAAGAAAAGAGCCUAAACUUCCCUGUAGUAUACAAGAAAAAUCCUUGCUGUCAUCCUUGCUGUUAGAUCCUGACGAUCAUGACAUAAAUAAUGAAUCUGAAAGCUUUUCUGAGAUACAAGACAUAGCUGGGAGUAUCCUUGUUGAAUCCAAUUGCCAUAAUGAUUCAGCACAGGCUGCCAUAUUAUCUACCUUUUCACCAUAUACAGAAAUGAGAGAGAAUUUCACAGAACAUUCAAAUAUCAAGGAAAGACCAGAGAACUUUUGCUGUAAACAGUCAACUGAUGAUAGCUUAAGGAGAGAGUCUGGAGAACAUCAACUACCUCAGUUAGCCAAAUCCAGCUCCGAUGACAUAAAGAAAAGGAUUGAAAUAGAAGAAGAUUUUCACCAGAAUGCAGAUAUCCCCCCAUCAUCAGUAAAACAGAUUUGUCAGAAAGACUUGAAAUCAGAAAUGAAUAAAACCAGAAAGCUACCUUUGAUGAAAGACACCAGAGCAAGUGAUAGCUCCCAAGAAGAAACAACAGACCAGUGGGCCAGGAGACGGAAACAGUUCAAAGACAGCAAAAAAUGCAGUUCAACUGGAGGGAGCUCCAUAAACAGCACAAUCACUGAGGGAUCAAUAAAUUCAGAGGAUGCCCGGUCAGUAGAUCUGGGACUACAUUCUGAAAAUGAGGACAGAGGUUUUUACACAGAAAACUUUCAUUCUGCUGCCUGGGUUUUCAGAGGAGAUGAUGUCUCUCCGGAUAAUAGUCCUAGAUGUCUCAGCAAAAGGCCUAGACCAGUGGCAAUUCGUGAAAGAACGGUGAAGAUUGCUAAAGGAACUGGCAAUUACCCUUGGGGUUUCAGGAUCCAAUUCUCAAAGCCUAUCCUUGUGACUGAAGUUGACACAAACAGUGGAGCUGAAGAAGCAGGGCUUCAGGUCGGGGAUAUUCUGAUAGCAGUCAAUGGAACUGAUGUCACCAGCAUGCCACAUUCAGAAGCUGUCAAUCUGGCAAGGAAAGGUCCUGAUAUCCUGACUAUGGUGGUGGGAUCAGACAUCAGCCGUUACCCUAACACCCCCAGACCUACCUGCCGAGGAUAUUUGCAUAAACGAACACAAUCAGCAAUAUUGAAGGGCUGGAGGAAGAGAUGGUUUGUGCUGAAACAUAAUGGCUACCUACACUAUUACAAACACAAGAAGGAUGAAGGGAAGUGCAGACCCCUGGAAGUAACAAAGCUGGAAGGAGCCGAAGUUGGUGUUGACACCAGUCUGGGUAAACCAUUUGUUUUUAAAUGCAUACCUCAAAGUGGAAACAGGAUUUUCUACUUCUGUGCAACUUCCAACCAAGAAAUGAAGAGGUGGCUGGAGGCUAUGGAUAAAGCAGUGCAUCCUGUCCACCAGCUAUACUCUCUGCUGGGCCCUACGGCUGGAAGAAACAUAACCAUAAUUGAUCUUGAGCUGCUACAGAGAGACAUUGCUCAGCCCAACAUAAUUUAG